AUGGCUAAAAUCAACACUCAGCACUCCUACCCUAGUAUGCACAGGCUGUCUGUCAGAGCCUCUGAUGAAGAUGUUGAGCGAAUUGAAAAUGGCUUUAGCAGGACCCAUUCACUGUGUGAGGACACAUGUUCAGAAUUGCAGAGAGUCAUUUCCAUGGAGACAAGAGGCCCGUCAGAAUCACGGAGGAGCUCAUUCACAGGCAGGGGAGCAAUGGCCAGGGUGUCUCAGUUCAUGAUAUCUCUGAGAUCAUGGGCCACAAGGCAUUUGCAUCGUGAAGACCAAAGGCCGGAUUCUUUCCUUGAGCGUAUUCGAGGGCCAGAGCUCAAAGAAGUGUCCAGCAGGCAAAGCAACGUUCACUCCAAUUUGGGAAACCCUGAGCAGCCAGCUGGACGGAAACGUCACUGGUCCUUGGCCAGAUAUAAUGUCAACUACAGCAACAACACCAAUGAAGACAAGAAGGAAGAUAAUAAAGAUGUUAAGGAGGAGAAGAAAGAAGAAAAGAAGGAGGAAAAGAAAGAUGACAAAAAAGACGAUAAGAAAAAAGAAGAGAAGAAGAAAGAAAUUCUUGUGAUUGAUCCUUCAAGCAACCUGUACUAUAGGUGGCUGAGCGUAAUUGCUGCACCAGUAUUUUAUAACUGGUAUAUACUAGUGUGCAGAGCCUGUUUUGAUGAACUACAAAUGGACCAUAUUAAGUUAUGGCUGCUCUUAGACUACUGCUCUGAUAUGGUAUAUGUUUUUGACACGCUCAUCAGAUUCAGGACAGGCUUCCUUGAACAAGGCUUACUAGUUCGGGAUGAAAAGAAGUUGAGAGAACGGUAUACCUCAACUGUACAGUUCAAACUUGAUAUGCUCUCGCUUGUACCAACAGACCUGGCCUAUUUCAAAUUUGGUUUGAAUUACCCUGAACUGAGGUUUAACCGCCUGCUGAGGUUUUCCAGGCUAUUUGAGUUUUUUGACCGCACAGAAACCAGGACAAAUUACCCAAAUAUAUUUCGGAUUGGAAAUCUUGUCUUAUACAUUCUCAUAAUCAUCCACUGGAAUGCCUGUAUAUAUUUUGCGAUAUCAAAGAUGAUUGGGUUUGGAACCGACUCCUGGGUCUACCCCAAUGUAUCCCAUCCAGAGUAUGGCCGUCUAUCCAGAAAGUACAUUUACAGUUUGUAUUGGUCAACACUGACACUGACAACCAUUGGAGAGACCCCACCUCCAGUGAAGGAUGAAGAAUUUUUGUUUGUGGUCAUUGACUUCUUGGUGGGUGUGCUCAUCUUUGCUACCAUUGUUGGUAAUGUAGGCUCUAUGAUUUCCAAUAUGAAUGCUUCCAGGGCAGAGUUCCAGGCCAAAAUUGAUUCCAUAAAACAGUAUAUGCAUUUUCGCAAAGUGAGCAAGGAUUUAGAGGCCAGAGUGAUUAAGUGGUUUGAUUACCUCUGGACCAACAAGAAAACAGUGGAUGAGAAGGAGGUUCUUAAAAACCUGCCUGACAAGCUGAAGGCUGAAAUUGCCAUCAACGUCCAUUUGGACACACUCAAGAAAGUGCGUAUAUUCCAAGAUUGCGAAGCUGGUCUUCUGGUUGAGCUAGUGCUGAAGCUGAGACCCACAGUCUUUAGUCCUGGAGACUAUAUUUGCAAAAAGGGAGACAUUGGGAGAGAAAUGUACAUCAUUAAAGAAGGGAAGUUGGCUGUAGUGGCAGAUGAUGGUGUAACACAGUUUGUGGUCCUAAGUGAUGGUAGCUACUUUGGAGAAAUUAGCAUCCUAAAUAUCAAAGGUAGCAAAUCUGGUAACAGGAGGACAGCCAACAUCAGGAGCAUUGGCUAUUCAGAUCUGUUUUGUUUGUCUAAAGAUGAUCUGAUGGAAGCCCUCACUGAAUAUCCCGAUGCCAAAAAGGCAUUAGAAGAAAAAGGACGGCAAAUUCUGAUGAAGGACAAUUUAAUAGAUGAGGAAGCAGCAAAAGCAGGAGCUGACCCUAAAGAUUUGGAAGAAAAGGUGGAAAGACUUGAAACUGCUCUAGAUAAUCUACAGACGAGGUUUGCUAGGCUCCUGGCAGAAUACAACUCGAGCCAACAGAAAGUCAAACAGAGACUCAAUGAAGUAGAGAGCACUGUGAAGAAAUAUGGAACUAGUCCUUUAUGUGAUGCAGAAGGGGAAGCCGCAAAGUCAGAAGAGGAGCAAAAUAAAUAAGUUUGUUUGUAUUUCUUCUGUUAAUAUAGAAUAUUGCAACACGUAAAAGCCAUAAACAUAUAUAACUGUGUGUGCGUGCAUGUGAGAACACACACAAUUAUUUUU